AUGGAUGCAAAAGCAUGGAACCUCAAGCCAUUCAGAGAUAAUUAUGAGUACUUCCAAGAACUUGGUGAGGAAGAUGAUGAAGCACUCUCUCUUUGUGAUCUUCCAUUGAAUAGCGAAGCAGCUUCUGUUUCGGAUGACUUCUCUACGGAAGAUCAAAGAUCCUCUAUUGAUCAAGAUUUGUUCGAAUUCUUCAGUGAAGACUUCACUUCUGCAUCUGCUUAUCGUCCCAAAGAUAAUAAUAUCAUCUUCUGUGGAAAGCUAAUUCCAUAUAAAGGGGAAAACGUAGAUGGGAAGGCACAGAACUCGGACAAUACCUGUAAGGCUAAUAAAGAAGCCAACAACAAUAGCAUCUUCCCUUGGAAAUCGUAUUCUUUCAACAAAUCAAGACGCUAUUCGGUGAAGACGCAACAAGAAAAGAGUUACAGAACUUCUAAGACUUCUCCAGAGCUGUCUCCGGACAAGAAAUGUAUGGAUAAAUAUGAUUUUCCGAUGAAAAAAGAAUCAUUACUGGCGAGUCCGACGAAGUCAAGAUGGUACUUGUUUGCUUUUGGAGUGGGAAGAUAUCCAAUGGAGAUGGAGCUAAAUGACAUCAAGACAAGGCAGAGCAAGCUAAGUAAUGGUAAGAUGAGGCGGAGCAUGAAGAGUCCAGCGAAGACUUCCCGAUCAGAUGAUAGAAGAGAAUUGGCUGAGAGAAGUAGGCAAAGAGAGAAAUAUUGGUGGGGUUUGCUUAACAUUUUGGGAUGCAAGAGUUACCAUGCAAACACCAUGGUUAAGGCUUCAUUGGGUUGCAUACCAAGUGUGUGA